UGAAGCCCACAUGCACCCCCAUACGCUGCGCAUUCUCUGGCGCCAAUGAGGCACCUGUGACGGAUUCAACACCGCAAUGUCAACCUGCAGUCGGAGUUGCUCACAGCCCAUACGCACCGCCCAAUGAUUGUUCUUUCACUGCCGCUACGUACCUGACUCCCACGCAUCGCCCACCGCUAUGUUCACCUUCAAUCGCACUUGUUCGCAGUGAUGCCCACACGCACCGCCCAAUGACUGCCCAUUCACUGCCGCCGCCUACCUGA